AUGUCAAACCGCGGCUACGAUGUCGUCGUUGACGUCGACUCUGAGGGCGACCUAGGCCAUACCGACCUCCAAGAAGACCUUGAAUUUCACCCUUCCAACUUCGACUCCAAUGAUUCCGGCAAGAUCGCCCCAGACACAGCGCCUUCGGGCCACCGGCGCGGCGGCUCACGCAGCAGUGCCUUCGGCGGCGCCGGCGCAUCAUCUUCGGGCGCGCGGGGCGCCAUAGGCUCGGGCUCGGGAGGCUCGUCGUCGAAGCGGUACCUGUGGAGCAUCGGGUACUACCAGCAGUUCUUCGACGUGGACACAGCCGAGGUGCUGAAGCGCUGCUGGGCCGCUGGCUUCCCGCUGCGCUCAAACUUCCUCGAUGUGCUCGAGGGCAACCCGGACCUGUACGGCCCCGUGUGGAUCGCGACAACGGUCGUCAUGAUCCUCUUCCUCACCGGCACCAUGAGCCAGUACCUCGCCCGCUCCGGUGACGAACACUUCCCCUACGACUUCAGGCUGUUGAGCGGAGGCGCUGGCCUGAUCUACGGAUAUACCAUCGUCAUUCCCGUGGCGCUGUGGGGUCUGCUGAAGUGGUUUGGUAGCGAGAGCGCCAACUUGAUGGAGUGCUGGACGCUUUACGGCUAUGCGAACAUCAUCUGGAUCCCCGUUGCGUUGAUUAGCUGGAGUCCGAUCACGAUCCUCAACUACGUCUUUGUCGGCCUCGGAUUCGGCGUCUCGGCCUUCUUCCUUUUCCGCAACCUCUACCCAGUCCUCAGCGCGACAGAUGUCAAGACGUCAAAGAUUUUGCUCAUUGUUGUCGUUGCAUUGCACGCGGGCUUGGCUAUUGCGAUCAAGAUACUGUUCUUCGCGCAAGGCAGCCCCGUCAGCAAGAAGCACGAUGAUUCCGACGACGAGGACGAUGACGACAAGGUCAAGUUGCUGAAGAUGCUGUUCCGAUUCUAG